AAACAGUGCUGCCCACAGAGUGAACAAGAGAGAGUCAUUUGGAAAACAAAAGGAGAAUUUUACAGGAAGGGAGGGAUAGAUAAAGUCACAGGUGCCUGGCCAGGGUACAGAGCAAAGAAUACAGAGAGACAGAGAAGUGUCUAGAGACAGCUAUCUGAGGACCAGUUGUCAGAGGAAAGGACAGGAGAGAUAGCAAAGUUAUUUCAAGAGUGAGCAACAGAGGGAACAUAACAAUCCACAGAUCGUCUAAAGUAAACGAGGAAGGGUCCAGAGGCAGUGAGAGCAGGCCAGGAGCAGGGCCCAGUCCAGGGUAGGUACGAUCACUGAGGGGAUGAACUUCGCAGUGGGUUUCAAGCCGCUGCUAGGGGAUGCACACAGCAUGGACAACCUGGAGAAGCAGCUCAUCUGCCCCAUCUGCCUGGAGAUGUUCUCCAAACCGGUGGUGAUCCUGCCCUGCCAACACAACCUGUGCCGCAAGUGUGCCAACGACGUCUUCCAGGCCUCAAACCCUCUGUGGCAAUCCCGGGGUUCCACCACUGUGUCUUCAGGAGGCCGUUUCCGCUGCCCGUCUUGCAGGCAUGAGGUUGUCCUAGACCGACAUGGUGUCUACGGCCUGCAGCGAAACCUGUUAGUGGAGAACAUUAUCGACAUUUACAAGCAAGAGUCAUCCAGGCCGCUGCACUCCAAGGCUGAGCAGCAUCUCAUGUGCGAGGAGCAUGAGGAUGAGAAGAUCAAUAUCUACUGCCUGAGCUGUGAAGUGCCCACCUGCUCUCUCUGCAAGGUCUUUGGUGCCCACAAGGACUGCGAGGUGGCCCCACUGCCCACCAUUUACAAACGCCAGAAGAGUGAGCUCAGCGAUGGCAUCGCGAUGCUAGUGGCCGGCAAUGACCGUGUGCAAGCAGUGAUCACGCAGAUGGAGGAGGUGUGCCAGACCAUUGAGGACAACAGCCGGAGGCAGAAGCAGUUGUUAAACCAGAGGUUCGAGACCUUGUGCGCCGUGCUGGAGGAGCGCAAGGGUGAGCUGCUGCAAGCGCUAGCCCGGGAGCAGGAGGAGAAGCUGCAGCGCGUCCGCGGCCUCAUCCGUCAGUACGGAGACCACCUGGAGGCCUCCUCUAAGCUGGUGGAGUCCGCCAUCCAGUCCAUGGAGGAGCCGCAGAUGGCGCUCUACCUCCAGCAGGCCAAGGAGCUGAUCAAUAAGGUCGGGGCAAUGUCGAAGGUGGAGUUGGCAGGACGGCCAGAGCGAGGCUAUGAGAGCAUGGACAAGUUCACCGUGAGCGUGGAGCACGUGGCCGAAAUGCUGAGGACCAUCGACUUCCUGCCGGGCGCUUCCGGGGAGGAAGAGGAUGAGGAGGCGGCGUUGGACCGCGACGAGGGCAGCGCAGCGCAGGAGGAAGAGCGGCCGGACGGGCCGUAAGG